GCCUGUGCCGCUGUGGAAAGGGGCGGGCGCUCGGGGCUGCCGCCGCUUCCCCUGUGCCUCGGAGCACCGCCCCGCCCGCCCCGCUUCGGAGCCCCGCGGCAGGGGCGGGGCGGCUCGGGAAGCAGUGCCCGGAGGUGAAGGGCCGAACGCCGAGCCUGURCCCCGCUGCCCUCGGCUCCCUGAAUGUGAGCAUUAUGAUGAAGAAAAGGUAUUGCCAUCGACGGUGUAACGCUGUCAUAGAAUUCCUGUGAAGACUAGGAAAUUUUGCUGUGUGUGCAUUCUGGAAAUACAUUUUACUGCAGACACUACCRAGGCUUUGCAAACAGGAUAAAUAUGCUGCUGUUGACUGCUUGCUGACAGUAACCAGCUGGGCAUUUCACUCAUGAUGUUUUUAUUCUCACAUUGUCCAAUUGGAGUUUACUUAUACUGAUUUUUGAAAACAGAAAUAAAUCAAAGUGGAGUACCGUAAGCUUGACAUGGAGAAUAAAAAGAAAGACAAAGACAAGCCAGAUGAACGAAUGACACGGCCUAGUGGAAGAUCAGGCCAUAAUUCGCGUGGAGGUGGUUCUUCAAAUUCUGGAGUGUUAAUGGUUGGCCCUAACUUCAGAGUUGGUAAAAAAAUUGGAUGCGGUAAUUUUGGAGAACUUCGGUUAGGAAAAAAUUUAUACACGAAUGACUAUGUGGCAAUUAAACUGGAGCCAAUGAAGUCGAGAGCACCACAGCUACAUUUGGAAUACAGAUUCUACAAGCAGCUAGGAUCUGGAGAUGGAAUACCUCAGGUUUAUUAUUUUGGCCCAUGUGGCAAAUAUAAUGCUAUGGUGCUAGAACUACUUGGACCUAGUCUGGAAGAUUUAUUUGACUUGUGUGGUAGGACAUUUUCUCUUAAAACCGUUCUUAUGAUAGCCAUACAGUUGAUUUCUCGUAUGGAAUAUGUCCAUUCAAAGAACUUGAUAUACAGAGAUGUAAAACCUGAGAACUUUUUAAUAGGACGACCUGGAAACAAAACCCAGCAAAUUAUUCACAUUAUAGACUUUGGUUUGGCAAAGGAAUAUGUAGAUCCAGAAACAAAGAAACACAUACCGUAUCGAGAACACAAGAGCCUUACAGGAACAGCUAGAUACAUGAGUAUAAAUACACAUUUAGGAAAAGAGCAAAGUAGAAGAGAUGAUUUGGAAGCCUUGGGCCAUAUGUUUAUGUAUUUUCUCAGAGGAAGUCUUCCAUGGCAAGGUUUAAAGGCUGAUACAUUAAAAGAACGUUACCAAAAAAUUGGAGACACUAAACGAGCAACUCCUGUAGAGGUGUUGUGCGAAAACUUCCCAGAGGAAAUGGCUACUUACCUACGUUAUGUGAGAAGGUUAGAUUUUUUUGAAAAGCCAGACUAUGACUACUUAAGAAAGAUCUUCACAGACUUGCUUGAUCGGAAAGGCUAUAUGUUUGAUUAUGAAUACGACUGGAUUGGCAAACAGUUGCCUACUCCAGUGGGUUCAGUACAUUCAGAUCCUGCAAUGUCUUCAAACAGAGAAGCGUAUCAGCACAGAGAUCGAGUGCAACAAUCCAAAAACCAGUCAACAGACCAUAGGGCAGCUUGGGACUCACAGCAAACCAGUACACAUCAUUUGAGAGCUCACCUGGCAUCUGACAGACUUGGUGGCUCAGUACAGGUAGUAAGCUCAACAAAUGGAGAAUUGAACACAGAUGACCCAACUGCAGGCCGUUCAAAUGCACCCAUCACAGCUCCUGCAGAAGUAGAAGUAAUGGAUGAAACAAACUGCCAGAAAGUGUUGAACAUGUGGUGCUGCUGUUUAUUCAAGCGGAGGAAAAGGAAAACCAUUCAGCGCAACAAAUGACUAGAACCAAACAGAACAUGGGAAAAUGCAUAUUUGUUCAACUGUUGUCUUGUGAUCUUAAAAAAAAACCCAACAACAAAACCCAAAGCAAAAACCUCCAUAAUAAACACAUUUUCCAAGGACUCUCUGAGAAACAAUGUGAUGCCUCUGUSCUUUGAUUUGGUUCUUCUGCAUCCAUCUUUUGUUUCUUUAAUUCAUCUAUUCUGAAAGCUUUAAGGUAUUGUCAAAUAGGAGUGCUUCUUUGACCAUCAACAUAUGGACCAACGAAAUGAUAGAAGUGAACCUUAYCUUGAGGAAAACUGAACUUGAGAAGGAUUUCUUCUUUCCUUGGAAGUAGUAASAGCGUCUUAGAUGAAGAUGGAUGUCAUAAAUCAGUUUUUUGAGUUUGUAGCAGUGUAUCUAAAGCAGUUGUCUUCAAAAAUGCAGAAGAAGAAUACAGGUACACCACACAUACUGCAAAAUAAUAAAAUCUUAAGAUUUAUUUUAUUACACUUGCAUUGUUUUUCUUCUUUUGCCUCAGUAUUACUUGUUAGUCAAGUUGUUACUGUAGUUGAAUUGUCACUGUCUAAAGAUUCUGGGGAGGCUUGUUAAACUGUUGACAGUUGUCCAAAUGCUGAUGAUACUAAUGAACAGAAUGUAUUUCCACUAUGCUCUUGGUUUGAAAACCUGCUUUUAUUUUGCCUAAAAUGAAAAUUGCAGUAAAGUAGAAAUUAUGAGUGUUUGUGCAAAGAAUACAGACAUUUGUAUAAUUUUAAGUUGUAYUUCUGGUAAUGUUAAUCAGAUUGAAUUACCUUCAAAAGAGUAAGCAAGUAUUGAAUCUGGUUGAAGUGGAAUAAGUAUCAAAACCUGUAUAUUCACUAAGGUAAUGAUGCUUGACAGCAUCUUUAACUUGAAAAUAUGGAUGUGCCAUGUAAAGUUAGAAAUGUAUUAGUGAAUUUGCUCUUUAAUUUAGAAAACAAAUGCAGUGGAAAUGAGCUAGAUUUCUUCCUUCUGUGCAUACUAGCCUAGAACAUCCAAAAGUUUCUGCAGUUUUUUUCCUGGAAUUUUCUUGUCUUGCAGUGUAAGUUCACUAUAGUAGGAUGGCAAGGAUGUGUCAGGUACUUCUCUACAGUCUAAUGAAGUGCUUGCAAUAUGAACAGUCCAACAGUUCUGGAGGCAAGACAGCCCAUUUUAUAUUUCCUUCUUCAGAAAACAUAUUCCUCUUUUAAAGCCAUAAUGACAGAGUUGUGCUUUUGCACGUUUAACUGCCAGUUAUUGAAGAAGGGCUGUGGAAGACAAAAGUGACUAGACAGAUCUAUUGACCAAAACACAAAUUAUCUCUGUUGUUUUUAUAAUUCUUCUAGAGCUAAUUAGCAACUUUUUUCUAUCUACAAAUGUCUUUUGGCAUAGUUAUUUAUUUUCAGUCUGUUUUGUGGCAGCAUUUAAAAUGUGUAUUAAAACAAAGGUACACCUUUGAAUUAAUCAUUGCAUUUAUGAGGAUUUUAAUUGUGUUUUGUAAUUUAUUUUUCAUUAAGAGCCAAAAGUGUAUUUUAUUGUUUGAAUUAUUUGCUCAUAUGUAUACUUUGAUCUUUGUCAUUUUUACUGUUCACGAUCUUAAGUUUUUGUUUUAGAAAACCUGGACUUGGCCUACAAAAACRCACUGUAUAACAGGUCACAAGUUUCCACUCCACCAUAGUAUGUUAUUGAUUAUUUCAGCCUCAUGAAGUUCUUUGUUUUUGUUUGAGCUGAGAAGUAGGUCACUUGACCAUUCUCUUGUGAAAACACGUCCUUCUUUUUAGUACUUGACCAAAUUUGUUGCUCGUACAUGUGGUAUGUGUAUUUCUCACACACCUGAUGAGUUUUAUUCUUUGAGGUUUUUGAUCUCUACAGUGUUUGUAUGAUCCAAAUUCCAUAACAAGAAAGUGUGAAUAUUAUGGACAUACAAUGGUUGAAUAUAUAAAAGCUGUUUAUUUGCUGAAAUGACUAGUAUCUAGGCACUUGUUUUUCAGCAGUUUUUUUAAGUGCUUGAUUUUAAUGCUGAAGAAAGUUUUCUUCUAGUAAAGCAGUCAGCAUUAAUGUAGGUAUGCCAAUAUGGUUUGCAUUUAUAUACUUUUUCUUCCUGUCUAAAAUAAUGAAGUGAACAAUGGCUGGAUGUCUGAAAAUGAGAUACAUCCCUGUUUAAAUGUAAAAAAAAAAUAAAGAUAGUUUUCUAAAA